AUGGGAACAAACAACAAGGGGAGCGGGAAGUCCUCGAUAUCAAGCGUAGUCUUUCAAAAACUGCCGCCCAACGAGACGUUAUAUCUUGAAUCAACUGCUAGGAUUCAGAAAGAUCAAAUGGCAUCAUUUAUGGAUUUCCAAGUUUGGGACUUUCCUGGUCAGAUAGAUUUUUUCGAAAACCCAAACUUCGACAUCGAUGCUAUCUUCAGCGAAGUCGGCGCGCUUAUAUGGGUUAUCGACGCUCAAGAUGACUAUCUCGAGGCUGUCGCCCGCUUAAACGCCACUAUUCUUUACCUCCAGCGCAACUAUUCCAAUCUUAACAUUGAGGUCUUCAUCCACAAGGUUGAUGGCCUAUCAGACGACUACAAACUCGAUAUUCAGCGAGAUAUCACCAUCCGCAUCCAGGACGAACUAUCCGAUCACGGCAUUGAGAACGCACCUGUAACAUUCCAUCUCACCUCCAUCUACAACCACUCCAUCUUCGAAGCCUUCAGCAAAGUCAUCCAAAAACUAAUUCCCCGCCUCGGUAUUCUCGAAGGUAUCCUGACCAAUCUCUGCCGGACCUGCCGCUUCGAGAAGGCCUAUCUCUUCGACGUCCUCAGCAAGAUCUACAUUGCAACCGACUCUGCACCCGCAGACAUGGCCUCGUACGAGAUUUGCUCCGACUACAUUGACGUCAUCAUCGACAUUACCGAAGUCUAUGGCUCGUGGCCCCGCAACAGCGAGCAGAGGAAGAAGCUCGAGGGCGAGCCGUGGAACAUGAAGCUCGAAGACCAGGUCGCCUGUCCCUGCGCCGAGAGUUGUAUGAUGCUUCACGACGGGAACAGGCCGAUUAUGCUGCGCGAGGUCGACCGGUACCUUGCCUUGGUUGCCAUUAUGAAGGAGGAUUCCUACGAUAAGAUGCCCUUGGUGAAUAUGAAUGUCGAGGCGGUUGUGCAGGGUCUCAAGGAGUUCUUCGAGAUUACGAAGCCGAGGAAAUGA